AUGGCAGAGCGGGUGCUGGUGAUCGGCAGCGGGGGCAGGGAGCACGCCCUGGCCUGGAAGCUGGCCCAGUCCCCCCACGUCAAACACGUGUUUGUGGCUCCAGGAAAUGCAGGCACGGCUGACAACGGGAAAAUCUCCAAUUCAGCUGUAUUAGUGAGCAAUCACACUAUUGUCGCCCAGUUCUGCAAAGAUCACAACAUUGGGCUUGUGGUAGUCGGCCCAGAAGCUUUUCUGGCAGCUGGGAUUGUGGACGACCUGCGGGCAGCAGGAGUUCGGUGUUUCGGGCCCGGGGCCAGGGCAGCCCAGCUGGCCUCCAGCAGCAGCUCCAGCAAAGCCUUCCUGCAGCGCCACGGGCUCCCCACGGCGCGCUGGGCAGCCUUCAGCACCCCCCAGGAGGCCUGCAGGUUCAUCUCCAGCACAGACUUCCCUGCACGGGUGGUGCGGGCGCGGGGGCCAGCGGCCAGGAGGGAAGUGACCAUUGCAGCCAGCAAGGAGGAGGCCUGCAGAGCUGUCCAGGAGAUUAUGCAGGACAGAAUGUUUGGAGAGAUGGUUGUUAUUGAAGAACUGCUUCAAGGGGAAGAACUUUCUUGCUCCUGCUUCACCGACGGUGUCACCGUGGCCUCCAUGCCCCCGGCUCAGCCCCACAAGCGGCUGCUGGACGGGGAGCAGGGUCCCAGCACGGCAGGGAUGGGAGCCUAUUGCCCCGUGCCUCAGGUUCCAGAGGCUCUUCUGGAGCAAAUCAGGGGUGCCAUCCUCCAGCACAUUGUGGACAGCCUGAGACAAGAAGGAGCAGCCUAUGUAGGUGUGCUGCAAACAGGUUUGAUGCUGACCAAAGAGGGGGUGAAGAUUUUAAACUUUAAAUGCCAGUUUGGGGAUCCCCAGUGUCAGGUAAUUCUCCCUCUGCUUAAAAAUGAUUUUUAUGAAGUGAUUCAAGCAACAAUUGAUGGCAAACUCUGCAGCUGCAUGCCAGCCUGGCUGGAGAACAGAACUGCUGUGUGUGUGGUCAUGGCCAGCCCAGGAUACCCAGGAGACUCUGACAGAGGCAUGGAGGUAACAGGGCUUCUGCAAGCCAAGGAGCUGGGGCUGCAGGUGUUCCACGGGGGCACAGCGCUGAAGGAUGGCAGGGUGGUGACCAGUGGUGGCAGAGUCCUGUCCAUCACUGCUGUCAGGCAGGACCUGAUGGAAGCCCUGGGAGAAGCCAACAGGGGGGUGGCCACCAUCCACUUCCAGGGGGCCACCUUCAGGAGGGACAUCGGGCACCGGGGCCUGCGGCUGCUGCGCCACCCCCUGGCCCUGAUGUACAAGGACAGGCACGUGGGAGCUGGAGCCAGGGAGCUUCUGAGCUGUCUGCCACAAACAUCAGCUGUGAGAGGCACCAGGGCAGGAGGUCGCUCAGAAGGAGGAGGCUUUGCUGCUUUCUUUGACCUGAAGGCAUCUGGGUAUGAUGAUCCCAUCCUGGUGUCCCAGACCAAGGGCCUUGGACCCAAACUGCAGGUGGCCCAGGGCUGUAAAAGACACGACACCAUCGGGCAGGACCUGGUGGCCCUGUGUGUCAAUGAUCUCCUGGCCCAGGGGGCUGAGCCCCUCUUCUUCCUCAGCCAUUUGUCCUGUGGCAAACUCAAUGCUGAAGUGAUGGAAACGAUCAAAGAAGGAAUAGCUGAGGCUUGCAGGAGUGCAGGGUGUGCUUUCCUGGGUGAGGAGGUGACAGAAGCGGCAGCCCCGUGUGCCGCGGGGCUCUGUGACCUGGCGGGGUUCGCGGUGGGCGCGGUGGAGCGGGGCCAGCGCCUGCCGGGGCUGCAGCGAGCCCGGGAGGGCGACGCGCUCCUGGGGCUGGGCUCGCCCGGCAUCCACGGCCGCGCCUUCGGCGUCGUGCGGAGGAUCCUGCUGACAUCCUCGCUGCGCUGCUCCUCGCCAGCCCCGGGCAGCUGCGGGGACACCACGCUGGGAGAUGUUUUGCUGACCCCAGGGAAGAUGUUCAGCCCAGCUCUGCUGCCCCUCCUCCGCUCAGGGCACGUGAAGGGCUUUGCCCCCACGGCCGAGGGGCUCCUGGGGGGCAUCUCCAGGCUCCUGCCCGAGCACGUCAGCGCCGUCCUGGAUGCUCUCAGCUGGAAGAUCCCUGAAAUCUUUGGCUGGCUCUACAAGGAGGGGAACCUCUCUGCAGAGGAGAUGGCUCAGACCCUUCCCUGUGGGAUUGGGGCUGUCUUGGUCGUGCAGAAGGAGCUGGCCCAGCACGUUCUCCAGGACAUCCAGAGGCAGCAGGAGGCCUGGCUGAUUGGGAGGGUGGUUGCCCCUUGUCACACAGCAGGUUCUCACAUUGCAGUGGAGAAUCUUGCAGAGGCCCUGCAGCUGAGCAGCCCCCAGCAGCUGGUGGAUGCCAGCACUGCUGAGAUCCAGCCCCAGCCCAGAAAGAGAAAGGUGAAGGUGGCUGUUCUUGUCUCUGGAGCAGGCACGGCCCUGCCUGCCCUGAUCGGCUCUGCCCGGGAGCCGGGCAGCUGCGCCCAGCUGGUGCUGGUCAUCUCCAACAGGCCCGGGGUGCCGGAGCUGCGCAGCGCCGCCCGCGCCGGGAUCCCCACUCGGGUGAUUGAUCACAAAUUGUAUGGGAGUCGCUCAGAAUUUGACAGCACCAUUGACCGAGUCCUGGAGGAAUUCUCUGUGGAGCUGAUCUGCCUGUCAGGGUUCAUGAGAGUUCUGUCCAGCCCUUUUCUCCGAAAAUGGAAAGGGAAAAUUUUGAACGCUUCUCCAUCGCUUUUUCCACUCAUCAAGGAUGGGAAUGCCCAGCAAGAGCCCCUGGAAAGUGGGUUCAAAGUCACAGGCUGCACCGUGCAUUUCGUCCUGGAGGAGCCGGGCGCCGGCGCCGCCAUCCGCCGGGAGCCGCUGCCCGCGGCGCCGGGGGACACGGAGGCAGCGCUGGGCGAGCGGCUGCAGGAGGCCGAGCUCAGGGCCUUCCCCCUGGCCCUGCAGCUCGUGGCCAGCGGGGCCGCAUGGCUGGGAGCCCACGGAAGGACGUGCUGGAGGCGGCAGAGCCAGAGCCUGAGCCCGGAGAAGGAGCAGGGACGCGGAGCGGCCUCUCCCGAGGAGCCGCCGGAACGCCAGGGGCUCUGGGCCGGUCCCUGA